GUCCGUUGGGCACCUAAUCGUUAUGUCAUAAUAGAUCCGAACACUUGCCUCGGAUUGACUUCAAUAUCAUAAUUGCUCUAGUGAAUAACUAAAUAAAAUAGAUGGAUGGGAGAUAGGAAAGAAAGGUACUAAUCAUAACAUAAAUAAAAUAGCUAUCUUUCAGAGGUUCACUAAAAACUGUUGGCGGGUCUCUUUGUAUGUGUUGUCCGGAAAGAGGAGGACUUAAUGAUUAUUCGUUCGCCGGAACCAGAAGUGAAAAUUGUUGUAGAUAGGGAUCCCAUAAAAACGUCUUUCGAGGAAUGGGCCAGACCCGGCCAUUUCUCAAGAACAAUAGCUAAGGGCCCUGAUACUACCACUUGGAUCUGGAACCUACAUGCUGAUGCUCACGAUUUCGAUAGUCAUACCAGUGAUUUGGAGGAGAUCUCUCGAAAAGUAUUUAGUGCUCAUUUUGGUCAACUCUCCAUUAUCUUUCUUUGGCUGAGUGGCAUGUACUUCCAUGGCGCUCGUUUUUCCAAUUAUGAAGCAUGGCUAAGUGAUCCUACUCACAUUGCACCCAGUGCCCAGGUAGUUUGGCCAAUAGUAGGUCAAGAAAUAUUGAAUGGUGAUGUGGGUGGAGGUUUCCGAGGAAUACAAAUAACCUCCGGGUUUUUUCAGAUUUGGCGAGCAUCUGGAAUAACUAGUGAAUUACAACUCUAUUGUACCGCCAUUGGCGCAUUGGUCUUUGCAUCGUUAAUGCUUUUUGCUGGUUGGUUCCAUUAUCACAAAGCCGCCCCCAAAUUGGCUUGGUUCCAAGAUGUAGAAUCUAUGUUAAAUCACCACUUAGCGGGGUUACUAGGACUUGGGUCUCUUUCUUGGGCGGGACACCAAAUCCAUGUAUCUUUACCGAUUAACCAAUUUCUCGACGCUGGAGUUGAUCCUAAAGAGAUACCGCUUCCUCAUGAAUUUAUCUUGAAUCGGGACCUUUUGGCUCAACUUUAUCCCAGUUUUGCCGAGGGAGCAACCCCCUUUUUCACCUUGAAUUGGUCAAAAUACGCGGAAUUUCUUACUUUUCGCGGAGGAUUGGACCCAAUAACAGGUGGUCUAUGGCUGACCGAUAUUGCACACCAUCAUUUAGCUAUUGCAAUUCUUUUCCUGAUCGCUGGUCAUAUGUAUAGAACCAACUGGGGCAUUGGUCAUAGCAUUAAAGACAUUUUAGAGGCUCAUAAAGGUCCAUUUACAGGCCAGGGCCAUAAAGGACUCUAUGAAAUCCUAACAACGUCGUGGCAUGCUCAAUUAUCUCUUAACCUGGCUAUGUUAGGCUCUUUAACCAUUAUUGUAGCUCACCAUAUGUAUUCCAUGCCUCCCUAUCCAUACCUAGCUAUUGACUAUGGUACACAACUUUCGUUGUUCACACAUCACAUGUGGAUCGGUGGGUUUCUCAUAGUUGGUGCUGCUGCACAUGCAGCAAUUUUUAUGGUAAGAGAUUACGAUCCAACUACUCGAUACAACGAUCUAUUAGAUCGUGUCCUUAGACACCGCGAUGCAAUCAUAUCACAUCUUAACUGGGCAUGUAUAUUUCUGGGUUUUCACAGUUUUGGCUUGUAUAUUCAUAAUGAUACCAUGAGCGCUUUAGGGCGUCCACAAGAUAUGUUUUCAGAUACCGCUAUACAAUUACAACCCAUCUUUGCUCAAUGGGUACAAAACACCCAUGCUUUAGCACCCGGCAUAACAGCUCCUGGUGCAACAGCAAGUACCAGCUUAACUUGGGGAGGUGGUGAGUUGGUAGCAGUAGGCGGCAAAGUAGCUUUGUUACCUAUUCCAUUAGGAACCGCAGACUUCUUAGUCCAUCAUAUUCAUGCAUUUACGAUCCACGUGACUGUAUUGAUACUACUGAAAGGUGUUCUAUUUGCUCGCAGUUCCCGUUUGAUACCUGAUAAAGCAAAUCUUGGUUUUCGUUUUCCUUGUGAUGGACCUGGAAGAGGGGGGACAUGUCAAGUAUCUGCCUGGGAUCAUGUCUUCUUAGGUCUAUUCUGGAUGUACAAUGCGAUUUCCGUAGUUAUUUUCCAUUUCAGUUGGAAAAUGCAGUCGGAUGUUUGGGGUACUAUAAGUGAUCAAGGGGUAGUAACUCAUAUUACAGGAGGAAAC